AUGGCGGUCCAAGACACUCUUCUUUACGAUCCGGAGAUAGAACGCACCACCAAGAGCUUAAGAAAGCAAACAAACUUGAGAAACCAAGCCUCAAAAGCAUCUUCAUCUGCAACAGCAACAAGCCGAGUGACCGCCACUCAAUCUGCCACCAAGCCAUCUGAUAGAACUGAUAUUGCACCUGCUGCAGAAUUUACCGCACCAGCAGAUUCGCCUACUGCUGCAUUUGAACCAGAAAUUGAAUUCCAGGUUUCUUCAGAAAAUUACACAAUGGCAGAACCACCUGUUGCAUAUGAAGAAGUUGAAGCUGAAGCUGAAAACGUGCCCAUUCGAGCACCACAGCCAUGGGAGAGAACACUCCGAGAGCUAGCUAUUCCAGCAGAAGAUCAGGCACCACUAUGCAUUGCCUACCCCCAACUGACAGCACCCUUUGAAUUGAAGACAGGUCUGAUCCACCUCCUUCCCAAAUUUAGAGGCCUGAAAAAUGAGGAUCAUCACAAACACUUGAAGGAAUUCCACAUUGUGUGCUCAACCAUGAGGCCCGAAGGUAUUUCAGAAGAUCAUGUUAAACUCAGAGCCUUUCCUUUUUCCCUCGAUGACUAUGCCAAGGAUUGGCUAUUCUACUUACCACCCGGAUCCAUCACAUCAUGGGCUGGUAUGGUGAGAGCAUUCUUGAGCAAGUUCUUUCCAACAUCAAAAGCCAUUGGCAUCCGUCGAGAAAUAAGUGAUAUAAGGCAAAAGCAUUCUGAAGGCUUAUAUGAGUACUGGGAGAGGUUCAAAAGGUUGUGCACAAGCUACCCUCAGCAUGAUAUUUCUGAAAAAUCCCUAAUCGAAUAUUUCUAUGGAGGUUUACUACCCGCGGAGAGGAAGUUUAUUGAUGCAGCAUGUGGAGGAUCAAUUCAAGACAAAACACCUCAAGAAAUGAGGAACUUAAUUUCUACUAUGGCAGAAUUUAGCUCCCAACAGACCAAGGUAGACCAGCAAUCAGUGGAGAAAUUUAAGGUACCUCCCCCCUUCCCAAGAAGAUUUGCAAGAUCCCAAAAGGAGAAAGAGGAGAAAGAAAUACUUGAGACAUUCCGCAAGGUAGAAAUCAACAUUCCCCUAUUAGAUGCUGUAAAGCAAAUUCCAAGGUAUGCAAAAUUUCUCAAAGAGCUAUGCACCAACCGAAGAAAACUUACUGAACGUGAAAAAGUAAGUGUGGGGGAGUGUGUCUCAGCUGUCAUUCAAAGAAAACUUCCAACCAAAUGCAAGGAUAGAGGAAUGUUUGCCGUUUCAUGUAAAAUAGGCAACGUGGGGAUAAAGAAGGCCAUGUGUGACCUUGGGGCUUCAAUUAAUGUCAUGCCACUUUCCAUCUUUAACUUGUUAAAUGCAGGUACACUCAAGGGCACCAGCAUUGUAAUCCAAUUGGUCGACCGAUCCGUUGUCUACCCCAAGGGAGUGCUAGAAGAUGUGUUGGUGCAAGUGGACCAACUAGUCUUUCCAGCAGAUUUUUAUGUAAUUGACAUGGAGGAAGACAAGAGCAACACAACCUCUGACAUUCUACUUGGAAGACCAUUCUUAAGCAUAGCUAGAACCAAAAUUAAUGUGCAUGAUGGCACAUUAACUAUGGAGUUUGAAGGGAAAGUUAUCAAGUUUAAUAUUUAUGAUGCCAUGAAAUUUUCCAAUGAUGUUUCUCCUGUUUAUGGCCUUGAUAUUAUU